AAAAAUUCAGGAAAAUUACAAAAGAGAAUCAACAACGCUUACAUCAAUUAUCAAAAUGGAGCUAAAAUGAAUGACCGCCGCAGGGGUCGAACCGAGGCUGGCAUCAAAUUGGUCACCCUUCUACUAGUCCUGUUACACCCAGCAUGGAUAUGCUCAGAACUGGAACUGGAUUUGUGCAAUCUGCCGAGAUCUUGGAAUCACAAGACCUACUGGCUGUACGCAUGAAUGCGUCGCUCAAAAUCAUAGAUCCCCAGUUUUACGCAAAUGCUGAAAAAGUGCAUGACAGGAUGAAUCAGGAGAAUGCAGGUGCAAGAAUGAUUGGUGGGAUGGACCCUCUGGUCCUGGAAGGAAGAGAAUAUCUUGUCAAUAGUCGAGCACCCAUCCACAUCGACAAGCAAGAUACUCCUUUAGGAUGGGUUGGGAUUGUAGCGUUGGGAUAUUUUACUGGAGGUUUUAUCUAUCUGGCAUCUUUAGGUCUCAGGGUCAGGAUGCAGCCAGGGGACUGCAUUUGGUUGCGGGGUAGAGUGUUGACUCAUGGAGUGGAAGAAUGGGAAGGUACUUUGCGCAUCUCUAUACCCCACUUCACCCAUGCCUCAGUGUGGAGGAAGUAUGGGAUGGCAGAUGAAGCAGGUCUCAAACCAAGUGAACCAAGCACUCCCAAACCUAAACCGGGUACUUACAAACCUAAAGGGAGUACUUACAAAUGUAAAGCAGGUAUAAAAAAAUGCACUUAG